AUGCCCCAACACCUGACGGGGAACCGGCCUUUUGCCUCCACACCCCAGCUCGCCUUCCCCGACCUGGCCCCUGGCACUGGCUCCAACAGCACGCCCCCCAGCCAGUGCCCACCCCUGAGCGCACCGAUGGGCGGCCGCCCACUGGACCCUUGCUGCAGGCCCCCGUGCCGUCUGGGGACUGGGAAGCAGGGCCCGGCUGCCGAGGAGCACUGCGACUCCCUGGAGCCCCCGGGUACCACCUGCGGCUGGUGGGCGUUCACGCCCGAGUGCCUGCAGCCCUUCAACACCCCGAGGGGCGUGCUGCUCUUCCUCAGCCUGGCCUCCUUCCUGCAGGGCAUGACGGUCAAUGGCUUCAUCAACACGGUCAUCACCUCCAUCGAGCGCCGCUUCGACCUGCACAGCUACCAGAGCGGCCUGGUGGCUAGCGCCUAUGAUAUCGCCGCCUGCCUCUGCCUCACCUUCGUCAGCUACUUUGGCGGCUCCGGCCACAAGCCGCGCUGGCUGGGCUGGGGCGUGCUGCUCCUGGGCCUGGGCUCCUUCGUCUUCGCCCUGCCCCACUUCACCACGGGCCCUUACAGGGUGGAGGCGGCAGCGACCGACGUGGCCACCUGCAUGGGCAACCAGAGCGCAGCCUGCAUGCCCAGCGCCUCGGGCCUGUCCCAGUACCGGCUGGUCUUCGUGCUGGGCCAGUUCCUGCAUGGUGCCGGUGCCACGCCGCUCUACACGCUGGGUGUCACCUACCUGGACGAGAACGUCCAGUCCAGCCACUCCCCCGUCUACAUAGCCAUCUUCUACACGGCGGCCAUCCUGGGCCCAGCGGCCGGCUACUUGGUGGGCGGUGCCCUGCUGAACAUCUACACGGAGCUGGGGCAGCGGACGGAGCUGACCACGGAGAGCCCACGCUGGGUCGGCGCCUGGUGGAUCGGCUUUCUGGGGGCGGGUGCUGCCGCCCUGCUCAUCGCCAUCCCAGUCCUCGGUUUCCCACGGCAGCUGCCAGGCACGCAGCGCUACGUGGUCGUGAGGACAUCUGACACCCACCAGCUCAAGGACAGCAGCCCCACCACCGAAGCCAGCUCUAAAUUCGGGAAAGCCAUUCGAGAUCUGCCUCUCUCCGUCUGGCAGCUUCUGAGGAACCCGACGUUCACCCUGCUCUGCCUGGCUGGGGCCAUGGAGGCCACACUCAUCGCCGGCAUGUCCACCUUCGGCCCCAAGUUCCUCGAGUCCCAGUUCAGCCUCAGUGCCUCGGAGGCUGCCACCUUGUUUGGUUACCUGGUGGUGCCCGCGGGCGGAGGUGGCACCUUCCUGGGUGGCUUUUUGGUGAACAAGCUCAAGCUGCAAGGCUCGGGCGUCGUCAGGUUCUGCCUCUUCUGCUCCCUGACCAGCCUCCUGGCCGUCUUUGUCUUCGUCCUGCACUGCCCCAACGUGCCCGUGGCCGGCGUGACCACCUCCUACCAUGGGCACCCCUUAGCCGAAGGCGUCCUGCAGCUGACAGCUCCAUGCAACGCUGCCUGCGCCUGCCACCCAGAGCACUACAACCCCGUGUGCGGCUCGGACGGGGUCCUCUACUACUCCCCCUGCUACGCCGGCUGCCUGGUCGAGGCUGCUGCAGACCCGGGCAGCCCGAAGGUGUAUCGAAACUGCAGCUGUGUCCCCCCAAGGCUGUUCUCUGGCCCCGGCCACGCCACCGCGGGGAAGUGCUCCUCAGCCUGCCCGAGGAGGCCCCUCCUCCUGGCUUUCAUGUUCGUUGUAAUUAUCUUUACAUUCCUCAGCAGCGUUCCCGCGCUGACCGCAACCUUACGGUGUGUGAGCGAACAGCAACGGUCCUUCGCCCUGGGCAUCCAGUGGGUUGUUGUCCGGACUCUAGGCAGCAUCCCGGGGCCCAUCGCCUUCGGCUGGGUGAUUGACAAGGCCUGCUUGCUGUGGCAGAAGCAGUGUGGCACCCAGGGAGCCUGCUUCCUGUACCAGAAUGCCGCCAUGAGCCGCUAUCUGCUCGCCACCGGCCUGCUGUACAAGGUGCUGGGCUUCCUCUGCUUCCUGGCCGCCUGCUGCCUCUACAGACCCCCACCGGGGACUCCCGACGUCCUGGACACGUCUCUGCCCAGCCAGUCCUCGGCCUCUGACAGCCCCACAGACCCCCAAGACGACGCCUCCACCCGGCAGCUCCAGAGCAGCGUCUGA